CCGUCGCUCUCGCUGGGGGCCUUGUUCGCUCGAGAUUCUCUGGAAGUCCCUUGCUCUUCCCCACAUUCCUUCCGUUUCCCUGCCAUUAAGCUCUCUUCAUUAUACGCAGCCAUUGGCCUGUUUCAAGCGGAUCGUGCGCUAUUGUUAGGAAGGUCGCUGGAAUCACUACCCCACAGGACCCGGUUGUCUCUCUUCCAUCUCCUGUCACCGUUCUGAUCUCCUACAACGUGCUGUGCAGGCCAUCGCUACUCCAAUGGAUGGUGUACGGCAGCACAUAGCCUCUCGGGGCUAUGGCGUCAAUGCCACUUACAUUUAUGAAUACUCUAGGGGUCUGAAUGGAGUUGAUGUACCUCGAGAUCAUUUGUUUACACAGAUCAUCUACGCGUCGUUGACCAUCCUUGCAUUUAUUGUCUUCUGCGGACGAAUCGCGCAAAUCAGCCAUUCUUACCUUCGCCAUAUCACAUCUCUGACGGCAAGCCGACGAGAACAGACCUUCUGGAGUGUCGAGGUAUCAUCGACCUGGGCGAACAUCAAGAAGCAUAUCCUGUAUGCACCCCUCGGAAGCAAGCGGCACAAUCGAGAGAUUCAGAUUUCGUCGGCCCUCAACGUGGGCACUGUGCCUUCCAGAUUCCAAACCAUUUUCGUUGGUCUUUAUCUCGCUAGUCAGAUCGCCUACUGUGUUAUCCUUGACUACAAGGUGAACGUCAAGGCGGCUCUUGUCGCUGAGCUGCGCGGUCGAUCUGGGACGCUGGCCGUCCUCAACAUGGUUCCUCUUUUUCUUCUUGCUGCCCGCAACAACCCGCUCAUUCCCCUGUUGCACAUCAGCUUCGAUACGUACAAUCUGCUUCACCGGUGGCUUGGUCGUAUUGUUGUCAUCGAGAGUGUCGUUCACACAGCUGCAUGGGCGGUCAAUGCAUGCGACGAAGUCAGUUUCUCCGACAUGCUUGCACGCCUACGUGAUACUCCCUUUUUCUCUUGGGGAUUGGUUGGUACCGUCGCGAUGGUGAUUCUCGGUCUCCACUCCCCGUCUCCGAUUCGACAUGCCUUCUACGAGACUUUCCUGCAUAUCCACCAACUUUGUGCUCUCCUUGCAUAUAUCGGUGUCAUUAUGCACCUGGAUCUCGACAAUCUCCCCCAGAAGCCUUGGCUUAUCGCGAUUGGUUUAAUGUGGCUCCUUGAGCGGCUGGCUCGCCUCGGCCGAAUUGCAUACCUGAAUAUCUCCCCUAGUAAAGGCUCUACGACUCUGACCGUCGAAGCCCUCCCUGGCGAUGCCUGCAGAGUGACUUUCCAGCUUCCCAAGCGCGUUCACGUUGGCGCAGGUAGCCAUGUGUAUGCCUACAUCCCGAGCGUUGCUCUCUGGAUGUCGCAUCCUUUUUCUGUCGCCUGGGUUGAACCCAGCGAGUCUGUGACAGCUUCAGCAACGACCGGCAGAGCCUCCGACCUUGAGAAGCAGCCCCUUUCAGAUCUGGACAACUACAUGAAAGCCCACCAGCAACCGACAUCGGUGUCCCUCAUCGUGGGUGCUCGCCAAGGUAUGACCCGCAAGUUGUACAACAAAGCCCUGGCGUCUCCUAGACAGACCCUUCACACGUCCGGCUUCAUCGAAGGGCCCUAUGCCUCUCAUGCAUGUAACUUGGCUAGCUACGGCACGGCGGUGCUCUUCUCCGCCGGCGCUGGCAUCACGCAUCACAUGCUUUCCGUUCGUGAUCUGAUCAUUCGCUCCACCGAAGGCCGUGCCGCCACGCAAAAGGUCUAUCUCAUCUGGUCCGUCCGCAGCACAGAGCAUCUCGCCUGGGUGCGAGAAUGGAUGGACCAGAUCCUCCGCCUGCCCGGCCGCCGCGAUAUCCUGACGAUCAAGCUCUUCGUCUCGAAGCCCAAGUCCUCUCGGGAGAUCGUCUCGCCCAGUGCCACCGUGCAGAUGUUCCCGGGUCGGUGCAAGGCCGACGUCGUUCUCGACGAGGUCAUCCCCGAGCGCGUCGGCGCCACGGUCGUCUCCGUCUGUGGGCCUGGUGCGUUCGCCGAUGAAGUCCGUGCAGCUGCCCGAUCUCGGAUCGGCAAGGGUGCCGUGGUCGAUUUCGUGGAGGAAGCGUUUACGUGGUAGACACCUACACCUUCCCCUAGCACCCAACCAAAAAAACAUUAUACAUAUGCUUACUUGUUAUCUGAAUGGCUAUUGUGAUUCAAGCCUUGGCCUCUUUUCAGUGUUUCAUUCUCUGUUCCUUCUUUAUCCUCACCCGCCCUUAAUAUUCUUG